AUGCAAGCGACUCCCAGCCACAUAGGCGUCCAGAAAGCCAUGCGGCAGCAGGCGAUGCGCGACCAGGACCGCGAACGGGCGAUGCUUAAGGACGCCGCUUACCGCGCCAACCUCGAGUCCGCCCUACAGCGCCAGAUCGCUCUCUCCGAUGUCGAGCAGCGACAGCAGGCAGAGGCGGAGCUGCAGCACCUGUCAGACGUGUAUGACCGCCGCUUGGAGGGCGUCGGUGAGGCGCAUCUGGAGGCCGCCGUGUACAUGCAACAGCAGAGCGAAGCGCGUGCCGUGCAGGAGCGCCGCUUCGAGGAGCUUAACCAGCGCCGGGAGCAGCGCUUCCACUCCGCACUCUCUGCAGUCAAGGCCCAAAAGGGCGUCGCCAAAGCGCAGGCCGCAGCGGUACAGCAACGAAGGGCGCAGAUCCUGCGCGCCGAGCGCGACAAGGCGCAAGCCUUCACUGCAGAGCAGGCCGGACGCACGCACACACAGAAGCGGCAGCAGGCUGACUUGGCACGCCAGGAGCUGGAGCGUCGCAAGCGCAGCCCUAACGGGCUGGCUAUGGACUUCCGACAGACGCGGCUACACGAGGGCCAAGGCUCGCCUGCACCGCUGGCUGUACCCGCGGUGGUUGCGCCACCGCUGCCAUCCGUACCUGAUCCGCUUGAGUCCGCCGAGGAGCUCCAGCACAGGGCAGCGAUGGAUAAGCGGCGUCGGGAGGCUGCUGCAGUGGAAGCGGAGAUCAGGGCGCGAGAGCGCUUCCUGGCGGCGCAGGCCAAGCUGCGAGCGGACGCCCAGAAGCAGGCAGUGGAGGCGGAGCUGGCGGAAUUGGCAGCGCAGCGGCUGCGGGCUAAAAAGCAGGCGCUGGCGGCGCACCGGCUGCACCUACGGGAUCAGCGCAAGCAGCAGGACCUCCAACGAGUGUUUGAGGACAACUUUCUCUCUGGCGCGGCAGGUGCCAUGCCCCGCUGGAGCAAAUGUCGUACAGCGCCGCUGGGUCAUCCGCCGCCGCUGCCGCCGCUGCCGUUUGCUUGGAUGCCGAGCGAAGGUCUUACAGCCCCGCCGCCGCUGCCACCGCCGCCGCCGCCGCCGCCGCCGGCCCCGAAAGAGGAGGCGGCAGUGCAGACCGACCCGGAGCUGAUUGCCCCUUUUAACAACCAGCAACAAACCCACAAAGAUAUGCAUCAGGAUGGCCCCUGCAUCAUACCCGGUGAGGACGCAGUGUCAGCAGUGCCGGUGUCACCGACGCCGGCGGUGGCGGAGCGUUCCAUGAGCCACCUGUCAUGGUCCGACCCGGAACCUGGGGGCACGCCGUCCGACGCCGCCACAGCCUCUGUCGUGUCACAUCCGCGGCCCUCUGAGUCAGAGGCGACUGCGAGCGCGGCAAGGGUUGACAGCAGCUCACGAACCGUACCGCCAGAUGCUGCGCGCGUUGACGACCUCCAGGGUGUGCUUGGCGACGAAGACGACGUGGACGCGUGGGGCGAGGAGGAGGUUGACCGGGAGCUGGCUAGGAUGAAAAAAGAGCUGGGAAUAGAGGACUCCGACUUGCGCUCCUCCGUCAGCAGCAUGGACAGCGGCGUCAGCGUACCCGCCUUCCUGAAGGACGUGGCGGCAGUGGCAGCCGCAAGGCAGGCCAGCUCGCAUGCCGCUGCCGAAAUCGCCGCAGCUCGUGCGGGUGCUGCUGGACCAACGAACGCGCCGGCGCCAGCGCCGCCCGGCCCCGCGGCGCAGGGAGCUGACAACCUGAUUGCGACGGCUAUGGCAGGCACAGGGACGGGGACGGAUAAGCCACGUCAGUCUACCGCUGCCAAUGCCACUGCCAAUAUUACCACGUCGCCGGUUAGCAGGUCGAGGGGCGCCGCUACGGCAGCCGAAAGACAACACCAGACCGCGGGCGGCGUGGCGGAUGCUGUGGCGGCCUUAGACGCACUUGGAGCCAUGCUCCGGCCGACGACUGCUGCGGCCGGCCAGCAUUCCACGCCGGUUUCCAGCAGCCCGGCUGACACCCUCGACUCGUCCAUCCUGCGGAUCCUUGACUCGACUUCCUCCGCCAGCACUCCAACGGCCAACCGCGGCGCCACGCCGACGCUAUCAGCACGCGCAAUGGGGGGAGGAGCCGUCAGGCGCUCCGGAGGCGGCGGCGUGGGCGGGCCCUCGGCCGCCUACACGCCGGGAAGCUCCAGCCUUCCAUCCGAUCUGGACGAUGUCCUGCUGCUUACCGAGCUGGACUGGGAGGAACUUGAGAACCUCGCAGGGCUGCGAGGGACCGGUGUGAAGAAGGGACGGAUCGCCGCCAGCCCCACCCCACCCGCCACGGGUACCUUCGGCACGGCGGCCGCUGGGACGAAGGGAACGCCGCCGGCGCCGCUGCCGCUGCCGUUGCCGCUUAGGAUAAUAGGUAUCGGUGACGGCGUCGACGGUGCCGGUGGUGGCUUCAGGGGGGAGUCGCCGAGCAGCACCUUCAGUGGCGUCAGCAGCAGCGUGUCGGAUGACAGCCUCCGCCGCCUUGUGUCGCAAGGGAUCUUGCCGCCGGAGAUCGCCACGCUACUCGCCUCGACACCCCCCUCUACCAGCCGCGCCGAUCCGCCACCCAAGCCGGCGGCGAGUGCGCCAGCUGUCGCUGCCGCCGCCACCUCAACGGCGGUACCAGCCCCCACCAUAGCGCCGGGUGGCAGGGCGGCUGCGCCGCCGCCUGCCGCUGCCCCGGUCGCGAAGCCUUCGGAAGCUUCGGCUGCGUCACCUGCUUCCUCGCCCUCUCUCUCCGACAUCAACUCCCUGCUAGGCCGCUUCCGGCUUCCGACAGAAGCGGUUUCCGCUCCCUCUGCUGCUGCCAGCGUGAACUCACUGCAAGGAAACUUGAGCUUGAGCAGCACCUCGGCAUCUGGUCAGGGCGCCAGAACCGUCCCAGCUGGCGCCAGCGGCAGCGGCGGCGCCGCCGCUACGGCGUUUCCCCCCAAGCCCGCCAUGCGAGGCCUGUUCACCAUCCCGGAAGGCGGAUCGAUAUCGUUAGGCGACCUGAGCGCCGGAGCUGCGCCGUCGGGCCCCGCGGGUCCGGCAACCAGGGCGGCACCCCCCCAUCUCCCACAGCCGCAACAGCAGAACCAGCACCAGCAGCGUGGACUGCAGGGGCUGCUGCAGCUGCAGCCGCCGCGGGCGGAGGUGCAAGGGCCAGUGCCGGCCAACGACGCCAUGCGCCCCGAGCUCUCCAGGCUGCCGGAACCUAUUCGCCUGAACCUGGCGGACCUGAACCGGCAGUUGUUGGCCUCCAUCGGUGGUGCGGCCAGCAGUCGCGGCCGCGCCUCACCAGGCGCAGCGUCGCCUUCCGGGCAGUUGCGGCCGGCGAAACCAGGGCCCCUCGUCAUAACCUCAGGCGCCGAGCCGUCCCCGGCGCGUGGACCACCACUACAGCCACAGCCGCGCCCUCAGCCAGCUGAGUUGGGCGGGCCCCGUGCGGAUGCGGCAGUGCCCACCAUCUCACUUUCAUCGUCCUCGUCUGCGUCGUCCCUGUCCUUGUCCACCAUGUCAUCACUGUCACUGUCGCCAAAGGCGCAGGUCCGGGGACACCAAGCCGCCACACCACAACUCCGCAUUGGCGCAGGGCUUGCUGCUGUGGAUGCCGGCGCACCGUCAGCCGCCGCUGCCGCGGCCGUUGCCGGGGGAGCAGCAGCAACAGCAGCAACUGCACUAGACAUCAGCGAUACGAGCAGCACACUGAGCAGCCUGGGCUUGGGCCGCUUUGCUGGUAUUGUAGCGAAUGCUGGAUCCACGAGCAGGUCGGACUACUCCCAUGCCAUGGAUCCGACAGCCCGUACCGAGGGACAGGCAGCGGCGGCGGCGGCGGCGGUGGCAUCGCCGCCGGCUGCCAAGGCCAUGCCCGCUGCCAGCGCGCGCCAGACAAGCAGUCCGUAUGACUUGUACGACAAGGAAGCAGCGCGGCUGCAAGAGCUGAUGGCCACGAUCAACGCCAGUCUGCGGCAGUCCGCCGAGGCCGUCAGCCGUGCUGGCGGCGGCAGCGGCGGCGGCACCUCGUCAUCGUACACCGCCGGGGUGGCGGCUUCGCCGUCUACUGGCAUCGCCACGAGCAGCACUACCACGCCCAGUCCCGACCUUCACCGGCGACCUGUGCACAACCGCCGUGGACCUGCCGCUGGGGGCUCUGCCGCCGCCGCAGAUCCGCGAUUGAGCGCCUCAGAAAGCUCUGUGUCCCCGCCAAGCACGUGCGGCAGCAGCUGGACAGUCUCCAGCAUGGGCCCUCUGCCGUCGCCACCGCCGCUGCGGCUGGCAGCGCUGCAACCGGGAAGCCAGUCACCCGUAGCGGCGAUGCUGCACAGCGCAAGGGCAGUAGCGGCGGCGGCGGCGGCAACGGCGGCGUCUGCAAAGGCCGUGCCAUCGGUUAGCGGCCGCAGCAACCGCAAUGCUGGGGCGGCUGCGUCCAUCGGCGGCACAAGUAGUAGCGUUAACAGCCGUGGUGCAGCAGCGGCGGCGGCCCCACCCACAGCUCUGGAUCGCAAUGCGACGAGAACCGACGGCUAUAGAAAGCAGGUCUUGGCUGGCCCCACGUCGCCUUCAUCUGCAUCUGUAUCGUCGGUCACAUCAGCCGAGCCAGGGUACGGCAGGACACUCGCCGCCACCGCGGCGGCGGGGACAGCGACAGCACCCGUUGCUGCCGACGCCGCUGGCAUCAAGGGCGGCGUCCGCGAGCACUCUCAUUCAAUCCCGCAUGCCCGAAAUCCUCCUAUCACUCCUACCCGUCCCGCCACCAGCGCCAGCACAGAGGGCGCCUCCACUGACACCAUCUCCACGCCCAGCAGCGCCCUGUCCGGCCUGUCGUCCGUCUUUGAGAUGCUUCGCAUGGGUCUGGCCCCCGAGUCGCGACCGCCGGAGCCUGACGGCGCCUCCCCAGCACCGCCCGAUGACGUCACGUUGCCACACAUGCCCCAACUCGGGUCGCCACCGCCGCCGCUGCCACUGCCGGCAGCAUCGCCGGUUCCAUCCAUUCUGCCCACUGCCCCUCCAACGCCCUUCUCGCCAAUCUUAUCCGAGUCUUCCGACAGCUCCCUGUCCCUGCCAUCCUUGAGCCCAGCCGCUGGAGUUCCGGUGCUACCGCUGGCCGCGCUGGGGACUGCGGCGGCGGCGGCAGCGGCCUCGCGGCCGGCUCAAGAUGCCGCACCAGUCGGGCCCGGGGGAAUCUCGCUAUCGCUGUCAAUGUCGAGUAGCGAUGGUGUGUCGAGUGUCGCAGAGGCAAUCGCCGGCUUCCUCGCCCAGCGGUUCCGUGGCGUUGGCGCCGGCCAAAGUGGCCCAGCGGCGCCGCCACCGCCGCCGUCAUCGUCAUCGCCGUCGUCGCCGCUGCCAACCCCGCUGCCGGAGCAGCAGCCAGGACAGCAACCACCAGUUAAUAAGCAGCAGCAGCAGCAGCAGCAGCCGGCGGCAUCCAUCGUGGACGCCAAUAAUAAUGGCACUGGUGAUGACGACGUUCGUGCUCAUGUAAGCUUGCGCAAACCCGCCGGCGAAGGGCAACUCAUCCCAGGUGCCGCCGCCUUCGAAGACGCUGCUGCGCCCAUGGGCGUCGGCGGCGGUGAUCGCCGCCGCAGCGGCGGCGACGGCAGGCACGGCAUAGAGGUAUGGGCCAGCCUGACGGGACAGACGUUAGCGGAGGCCCUAUCGGGACUAGGGCUCUCGGGCUCCGGGGAGCCGUACGAGGACCUGUUGCGAUGCUCCCUGGCGCUGUCCACCUCCAGUCUCACCAGCGGCGGCGGCAGCGGCGGCGGCGGCGCACCCGACGGUGGCGACGUUGACGGGGACUAUGACUUGACGUCGUCGGUCCAGGGAACCCUGGCGCCCAGCGAGGCGCAGCAGAUGGCGCCUGGCACCGCAACGGCUGGGAUUGAGGCUUUUGGGGAAGGGGAUGGCGAGCGGGAGGAGGACGGCCGCCAGCCGCGCAUGGCGUUGCCACUAUCGGCGUUAUCCGUGUUGCCGCCGGCGUCGUCGAUUCCUGGCCUGUCUGGUCAAGUGCAGGAAACCAAAGGUGAUGUGCAGGUAGCCCCGGUCGCUGCGCCGCUUCCUGGGUCCGCCAGACAACUGUUGGCCGACGUGGACGCCGUGUUGGCCAGGAUGGCCUCCCGCACGAGUGGGAACACAUCGGAGCUAUCGCCCACGUCUGUCCAUUCUCCGAAAGCGAACCCUGCAGCGGCGAAACCGUCAUCGCCUCAACCCGUGCCUCCUGAGCCGCUCCCUGGACAGCUGCUGCAGCAGCAACAGCAGCUGCAGCAGCAACAGCAACAGCAACAGCCGGCCUUCGCUGCAGAUGCUGAUCUUGGCGUCACUGCUACUGCAGCCCCCGCCGCUGCCCCCGCCGCUGCCGCUGCCGCUGCGACAGCUUCGGCUGUACCGCUGCCUCGUCCGCUGCCGGCCCCGGCGGCAGUGGUGACGGCUUUUUCUGAGGACCUUUUAAGCUCCUCGGAUUCCGACGACUUCAGUACGAUCAUGGCUGGGCUGAUGCAGGACAUACAGCGUGGCCUGGCCACCCUCAAGGCCCCGCUGUCCCCCCAGCAGCAGCGACCUGAACAGCUUCAGCUGCAACAGGAAGGAACGAAACGGCAAGAAGAAGCUGCACCUGCGAACCCAGCCGGCGAGCUGGCGGGUUCUCCGCCUGGUGGGGGAACUACCGCCGCGGCGGCAGCCCUGGCGGGUGCGGCGGCAGCCCUCGAAUCGGCCAUCAGCAGCGUGCCGUCAGUGCCCUGGGAUGAUGACAGCGAGGAUGAAAAGGAUGGGGACGCGGAGGAAGAGGCGGCGAAUAGAGAACGUGGCGACGGUGUGCGCGUGGGCUGGUGGCCGGGGAUGUCGCCCAAGUCCCCCCGAGCGACAGCAAUGGGGAGCACUCGAGGUGUUGAGUGGGACACGGCUGAAGGGCAGCACAGUGCCGCUGCUGCUGCUACUGCUCACCCGGGCCCUCCGGACUCGAACCCGUGUGCAUCCGCCGCGUUGUCCUCGUCCUCCUCCUCGUCAGAGGCACCUGCCGCCACUACCGCUACUGCCAAAGCUGGCCGGAAGUUCCUCCCUAUGCCCACCCUGAGCCGCGGCAUUGCAGACGCGCCAGCGCGAGGAUCCGCCGGCGACGACGCGGACUCGUUGGACCUGCUGCGGCUUGGAGAGGCGGCGGCAGCGACCGCCGGCGCGGUGGAUGAUGCCGUCGAUGCUGCAGAGCUAACCUUCAGAGCGGAAUCCAUCCGUCGUAUAAGUCGCGCGUCGGCCGCAUCCUCCGGCUCCGCUUCGUCUGUCGACCUAGCUCCGGUCGAGCUGCUGCUGACCGUGGCGGCAAAGAGCUCCGCCGGCCACAGCUCCACCGCCGCCGUCAUUUCCGCCGCCGACAGCAUCGCCGCCUACAGCUUCCUGCAGCCGCCGAGGGCCUCUACGGCACGCAACCGCACGCCGCCUAGCGUCCAGUCUGGCGCCGAGUCGCCCAGCCAUGCUCCCAGCGGCAGCGGCUCGUCGGGCUCCCCUUCCACCGUGUCCUCCCUGGACUCCUUCAGCCAGGCGCUGGGGCAAUACCCCGAGUUCGGUGGCGCCAGGCACUCGCUGGUGGGGUCCCAGUCGCCGCCGUCCAGCGAUGGCGGCGCGGACGGCACCAGCAGCGGGCCCGACGCUGCAGGGCCAGCCGUCAGCUGCGGCGUCGGUGCGCGACAAGGCGAUGAUUAUGGAGUGGGGGACAUAGCAAACUUCGGCCGGCCGUGGCUGCCGAUCCAGUACCAGCCUCCAGAUCCACUGCCGUUGCCGCUGCCGGUGGCGCCAACGCCGUACAGCUCUCUGGAUCAGGAACCCUGGCGGGGUGCUUGGGACCCACCGCAGCCGCCGCAGCGGCCUGCCGAAGCUCGCGAGUCAGCCGCCGCCGGUGCUGCACUCCUUGGCUAUCGACUGGAGGCCGUUGCCGCUGAGGCACAGACACGCCACGGGCCCCUGGAGCACGAACCCGGGCCGCCAGCGCCGCCAGUCGAACUGGACAUUAGCUUUGGCUGCGGCAGCACCAGCGCCGACGUCGACGGGGAGUUUUAUGGAGGCGAUGACGCCGGCGAGGACGAGCAGCUGCGCGUGCCCGGGUUCCGGGUGCAGCCGGUCGGUGGUUUGGCAGGGGAAUGGCGGGAUGAUGAUGAUGAUGAUGAGGAGGAGGAGGAGGAGGAGGGGGAACAGCGCUGGAACAGCUCGCAGCUGUCGGCUGGGACGCAGCGGCAGGUGCAGUUCCCUGUGUCUAGGCUGGGAGUUGAGGAUGGGCCAAAGCCCAGCACACCCCUCCAGGCGAGGACCUUGGAUACCCUAGCCGACGUCGCUUUCCCCUUGUCGGAUGCGCGAGAGCAGCAAGAGCAGCAACAGCAGCAGCAGGCGGUUACACCGUCGCUGCGGCGGCAGAUUCUGGGUCUGCAGCCCUUGGCGUUGGAGAUCCCGACCGUGGGUGGAGCAGACCAUCCGGCCUCCGGCGGCAUCACAGCCGGCGUUCCCAGUAGCGAAGGCGGCCUAGCUUCCCGUAUAGCUGCGGGAGUAAUAACACCAGCAACGCCAGUAGCGGCUCCAGCGGGGCAGCUUGCCAGCGGCGAUGCGGACGAUGCACUGCCGCCGCCGCGGACGCCCCUCUUGGGCCGCCGCGCUGCAGUGGAAGCGGUCACGUCACAGGGUGGGGAGGGCCCCCCGCAGCCGCCGCAGCAGCAGCACGUGGUGGCGAGUACUCGGGGAGAGAACGCCGCCGCACGGCGGUGCGGCACUGCCGGCGCCGCUGGCCAGGAAUCCGGGGCUGGCGGUGCGGGUGUAGGUGCGGGUGCCGGCAGCGGCGGCGGAUACGCGGGCGCGCUUUCCGAGGAGCUGCUAUCGGAUUUGCUCAUGUGGACUGUCAGUGACUUCUUUUCCUCGCCGGGCAGCGGCAGUGCCAACGAUGGCGAGUAA